GGACCGUGGAAGAAUAGAAUUUUGUGAGAGGGACGAAAGGGUGUCAUGUAAAAUUGUAUCAUUUAUACCUUUGUUGCAUACCGUACCAGUCGUUCUACCGCAAUGAAAAGUAUUAGUGAAAUCAAAAAUAAUAGAAAUACUGCUUGUAAUGUUGCUAGUUUACAGUCAAUCCGUACUGAAACGGUGCCCGCAGAUGUACGGGAUAGUGAUCUAUUAAUUGAUCUGCGUAGUGAGAAGGAAAGUUGUGGUGAUGAAAACAGUGAGACCGAUAUCAACAAAAAGAGUUUUCCCUACGAGUAUGACUUCGAACGGGAUAUUGAGAAACUAAUUCAAGUCUCAAAGCAAUUCCAAACAGACUAUGAAAAAGAAAAAACUAAAAUUGAUGCAGUCUCAGAGGAUAAUUACUUAAGAAUUUCGAUUUUGAACUCUAAUUCACAAAGGAAACAGAAACCUUCAGCUUCGGAAAUCGUUUUACCGGUAAACGACCGUGAUAACUUCUACUUCAGUAGCCGUUCAUUAAAGAAAGAGAAUAUUCUUGAUUCUUAUUUGAAUCAUCCGAAACAAACAUUUACUCCGACUGUACCGCAUCCAGGUCCAUUCGGAACAGGUGUAAUUCGACCAUCACCAAAGAAACAUUCAUGUGUUUCAAAAGGUAAAACACUAUCGACAAAGCGAUUCCGCUCCUCCGGAUGGAGUGUGAAGCCAUACACUUCCAGGUAUUACAACUUUGAUCGGACUCAUCCGGACUUGAAAUUAGUGGAAAGUGGAGUAUCAAUGAUUCCGAAACGUAUUUCUAAAGAAGCAACGGAAUUAACUACUAGAGCACAGUUGGAGACCACCACGAAACCUUUGUUGAGCAAAGGACUCACUUGGCAUCAGUUCUUUGAACGUUGCAAUGUUUAUUCAUCAAAGUCCUUUCAAUCGACUCAUGGUGAUACCACAGCCACGCAACCCGCCGUUUCGGAAUUAUUAACCCCAACGUCAAAUGACAACAGCAAGAUUCAAAAACAUAUUUUACCCCAAUUGAACAUAAGAGCCGAAUGUUGUGUGCAGCGAAUACCAGAGAUAUCCAUUGCCCCUUGCGGAUUUAAAAGAACUGUGAACACGAAUAUAAAGUUGGUGGAAAUAAUUUACGAGGAAUCAGACAGUACGGUGGAAACCGAUGAAAGGCGAAGUGAGGAGACGUUGAAAAAAGUUGAAGAGAAAGUAUCUGAACCGUUCAAUCUUCAAAGUAAUUCGGAAAGGGCGUCAUCAGUGAAUUUAGAACUGCCUAGCAUCGAUGAAAGUACGGAAGACACUGAAACGAAAACAUCGUCAACCAGUUCAUCACAGACACCAUCGAAAAAUAAUGGAUAUGACAGCAGCCUUGAGGAAAGCAUCUCCUUAAAUGUAUCACGAGCAUCAGCAUUAACUUCGGGAUUUGCGGACCAUGAAAUGAAAGCAAGGUCGCUAAAGGAUGUUGGCAUCCAAACAACGAGAUUGGUAAAAAUAGCAUCACCUAGUAAGGAAACUGCAAAUGGAAAAACUAUUUCAUCAUCUAGUGACCCCAGCAAACAGGAAUAUGUUGAGUACUUCCACCAGCCGCCAGAAGUAUGCCAAGAAAUAAAGCUACCGACAUUUCCAACACAUGAACUGGUACAAAUGGUAGAUGAGAUCUUUGACACAUCCAGCGAUGCAGUGAAUAUGAGCUACAAAUACAUUGUCAAGGAAACAAGUGUUCAGACUGAUAUUGUGUGGGAAAACAUCAACGAUCUGUUCAAGCAACAAAAUAGACCAACAUUAACACGCCCGACAGACGCUGUGGAAACCAAAGUCUCUGAAUUUUAUGUGCAUCCUAAUGCAAAUUUUGUUAACCAACUUGAGACUGGAGAACAGGUGUCAACAAAUAUCGCCAGUGAAAGUAAUAAAUUUGACAAUCUACAGUUACUGCAAGUAGUGCGACCAGUUGAACGAUUCUGCCGUCAUAGCCGGUUAAAAAAGAUAAAAAUAUGCUCAUGUCUCGGGUGCAAAAGUAACAUUCGUUUUUCUUCAGUAAAUAUCGACCAAUCAAUUCAACGAACAUCAAAUGACUCAUCGUCAUCGUCCGUAUUUGACUCGAGACCAAUACCAUCAGCCAGAGUCAAUUUAUUUCCGUCUGAAAGGUAUAAACGAAUGAAACAAGCCCAGAGAGAGCAUUUCGAAAACGAUCCAAGAAUCUCGCGUACCUUGAGAAAAAUCUAUGCGACUGCUAGGGCGAAUAAAACUCAAGAGACCACUUCGUCAAGUUCAUCAGGUUGUUAUGGCCAAUCCAAUGUACUACCACGCCAAUUUUCUACUUACGAUGAUAAAGUUCUAGAACCAGAUUUGUUCACAUUUAACGAUGAAUUGUUACUAUUUGGAUUUGAAACCCACGACGAAAUCGAAUACUCGUCAAGACUUUUAAAAACCGAAAGUUCUCAGGAUUCGUCCAUAUCAAUUGGUAAAUAUUAUACAGCCGAUGCCAAUAAUCAGCAAUUGCGUGGGAAAAGUUUAUUUUGCACUAAUUCGGAAGAGGUCAGUAGCUGCAACUCCGUCUGUGUUCAACGAGUAUCAGAGCUGGAACAGUGUCUAUUAAAAGACAUUGAAAAUUCCGGUUCUGAUCCAUCUGCUUUGAGUUCCUUGUUGUCGGCAAGUUCAUUGGAGCGAAAAAUAAACGAAAUUCGACUUGUUGAUAUAAGUUAACCUACUACGGACGGC